AUGGUCUCGGGCGAAAGUAGAGUCCCAUGGCCAGUGCGGUGGGUCUUGUGCAGAAACGCCUAUUCAUGUUUAUUUUCGCCGGAGACCAUAGUACAUCUGGUGGUGAUGUUUAGUCCUUUAUGGCGGGACGAGGCGGGGUGGCACACGCGGAUGUGGCAUGAGCGCGCUUGGGCCGUACGGACAGCGACUUGUUCAACGCAGUCUGUAGCCAACCUGGGCAGUGAGUUCGAGUAUAGCAGUGCCUGGACGAUUAUUCUGUUCACUCGAGUAUUUGUCCCGGUUACGAAGGGGUAA